AUGACGAGGACGUUCGCGAGCGGGCUCGGCGCGCUACAUUUCAGCCGCAGUGCGGCGCAACAGCAACAGCAGACGGCCGGAGACGAGCCAACGCACAUUGAAUCCGCAUCCUCGUUUGUAGCGUCCUCGACUGCUCAUCAUUCGUUCCGUCAGACCAUCCGAACCGGCCCGUCGCUUUCGGAUUUCAUCCGGCGGGCCGCUGCAAGAGAAGCAGGUGCGGGCUCAGGAGAGGAGGGAACAGGAAAAGCAGCAGGGCGUUUGGUGACGGACCCCAGGGGAGUGUAUCUCGAAUCCUACGGAUGCCAGAUGAACGUGAACGACCUGGAGGUGGUGCUGGGGAUCCUCCGAUCCGCAGGGUUCAACGUGGCGCGCGCUGAUAGGCCGGAGGAGGCGCGGGUGAUUCUGGUGAACACGUGUGCGAUCAGGGAGAAUGCAGAGGCGAAGGUGUGGCAUCGGUUGAACUACUUUAAACAUGUGAAGCGGAAAUGGAGGGAUAAGUUUGCUCAGUCUGCUGCUGCUGCUGCUGCCGCUGCUGCCGCCGCCGCCGCCGCCGCUGCUGCUGCUGGUUCUGCUGCUGCUGAUGCUGCUGGUGCUGCAUCUGUUACAGGGUUACCAGCCGGGUGGUUACCACCUCCACCCAAGGUGGCGGUGCUGGGGUGCAUGGCAGAGCGGCUGAAGGAGCAGCUGGUGGCGGCGGAUAAGAUGGUGGACGUGGUGUGUGGCCCUGACGCGUAUAGGGACCUACCGCGGCUCCUAGAUGAGGUGGAAGCGGGUCAGACAGGAGUCAACACGCUCCUCUCGCUCGACGAAACCUACGCUGACGUGUCACCUGUACGCCUCGCCUCUAAUUCUGUCAGCGCGUUUGUGACUAUAAUGAGGGGCUGCGACAACAUGUGCUCUUACUGCAUCGUGCCUUUCACGAGGGGCCGGGAGCGGUCUCGGCCAAUCAGGAGCAUCCUUGGGGAGAUUGAGGAGCUUGCCGGGCAGGGCGUGAAGGAAAUUUAUCUUCUCGGGCAGAAUGUUAAUAGCUACCGGGACACGUCAGAGUGCGAUACGGUUGAUUCAGUCACUGCCACUGUUUCUUCUUCUUCCCCCUCCUCCUCCUCCUCCUCCUCCUCCUCCUCCUCCUCCUCCUCCUCCUCCUCCUCCUCCUCCUCCUCCUCCUCCUCCUCCCCUUCCUCCUCCUCCUCCGCCUCCCAACCGCUCUUAACCCCUGGCUUUUCCACAAUCUACAAACCCAAGCUGGGAGGGAUCCGAUUUGCCUCCCUCCUAGACGAAGCUUCCCGGAACUUUCCCGACAUCCGCUUCCGCUUCACCUCCCCUCACCCCAAGGACUUUCCCGAGGAGCUUCUUUCGCUCAUGGCUGCCCGGGGCAACGUGUGCAAAAGUUUGCAUCUGCCCGCGCAGAGCGGCAGCAGCAGUGUGCUGGGGAGGAUGCGCAGGGGGUAUUCAAGGGAGGCGUAUCUGCAGCUGGUGGAUCGAGUGAGGAGCAUUGUACCUGGCGCUGCCAUUAGCAGUGACUUUAUCACUGGCUUCUGCGGUGAGACAGAGGAGGAGCACCAGGAGACGCUCUCUCUCAUGCGCGCAGUGGGAUACGACAUGGCCUACAUGUUUGCCUACUCGCUGCGCCCGCGCACGCACGCCCACCGGCGGCUGGAGGAUGAUGUACCCGAGGAGGUGAAGCAGCGGCGGCUGAGUGAACUGGUGGCCACGUUCAGGGAGACAACAGUUGUCAGAUACGCGGCUCAGGUGGGAGCCAAGCAGGUGGUGCUUGUGGAGGGUCCCAACAAGCGCUCUCCACUCACAGGGCUGAUUGGAAAGACUGACCUGGGCCACCGAGUCACCUUCCAGAACUCCCUUCACCAACAACACUCGUCAGCAGCGGAUGGGGAGCACAAAGGUCCUUCACUGGAAUGGGCGAGUGAGGGGGGUGACAGGGGAGGUGGUAAGGGUUCAGCUGGAGGGGGGAUUGCUAGCACUGGACGUUCCCUCCCGUCUCCCGCAUCCCCCGCUUCAAACUUCCUUGACUCACCACCACCGUUCAGAUUUUCCGCCUUUCACGUGCAUUUUCCCUCGUUCGAUGCGAUUCGUCUUUUGAGUCGACUCAAAAUCAGCAUGUGCAAUUCUCACGUUCUCACGUGCAUUUUCCCUCCUUCGAUGCGAUCCGAUCCGACCUCCUCCAGCCACAUCAUCAUGCGGACCCACGAGACCCGCACGGAGGGCGUGCUCGACUGCACAGGCGCGCUCACCGUCCUCGCUACAAAGCUCACCGCUGUCGCGUAUAACUACCAGGACGGGCUCACGCUGCUCAAGGAGAAGGACGAAGGCGCGAAAGCCAAGGACGAGAAGGAGAAGAAGGAACUAACCGAGGAGCAGAGGCGGCGGGAGGAGCGGAUGGAGCGCUCGCGACUGGAGCGGCGAAAGGCGGCGCUGGUUACCAUGCCGUCGCCGCUGGAGCUGUUGGGGUACCUGUUCUGCUUCGGGCUGCACAUGACGGGCCCGUUCUUCGAGUUCAAGGCAUACGACGAGUGGACCCGCCGACAAGGGGUACGUGCGGGCAUGUAUGAGGUGACUUUGGAGUCGACUCAAAAGUCACUCGGCGACAAGGGGUACGUGCGUGCAUGUGUUCAUCUGGUCCCUCAUGCUCACGCAGCCGUCCGCUCUUCCCCUUCCGCCAUCCUCCUGCGCACUCGUUCUAAGCAUCUGGUCCCCGGGACUCAAGCAGCCGUCCGUCCUCCCCGCGUUCUUCCGCGCGUUCGUGCAAGGCAUCCUCGCAGCUCUCGCCUCACUCGUCUGUCUGUUCCCAUCCACCCCCUUCCCACCCAUCCCCCUCCUCGCCACCUGCAGAUCUGGUCCCCGGGUCUCAAGCAGCCGGCCAUCCUCCCGGCGUUCUUCCGCGCGUUCGUCCAGGGCAUCCUGGCAGCGACCGUCUUCCUGCUCGUGUCGCCCUCGCUGGACCUCACGCGCAUCAGCGACCCGCGCAAGAACCGCGCGUACCCCUUCCACCUGCGCUGGCUCUUCGCGCACCAGGCGAGCAUAGUGUGGCGCUUCCGCGCGUACAUCCUCUGGAGCAUCACCGAGGCCGCCAUGGUCGUCGGCGGGCUCGGCUUCAGCGGCUGGGAGGCCCCCAAAAAGGGGGGAGAGGCUGGGAAGGGCGGGGCUGUGAAGGGGGGAGGGGACGGGGCGAACGGGGGUGGGAAGGGCGGGGAUGGGGAUAAGGGGAAGCGGGAGGGUGAUGAGACGUGCGCGGCGGUAGGGGAGGGGGAGGGGAAGGCGCUGUGGAGCCGCGCGCGCAACGCGGAUAUCCUGGGGUUCGAGUUCCCCAAGAGCUGCCUCGACUUCGCCACCACGUGGAACAUCUCCUACGGCCUCUGGCUCCGGCUGUACGUGUACGAGCGCAUGGUGCCGCCCGGCAGGAAGGCAACCUUUUUCCACAUGCUCGCCACCAUGUUCGUCAGCGCCGUCUCCCAUGUGAGUCACAUGCUCUCUUGCCCUCUCACAUGCUCUCUUGCCCUCUCACAUGCUCUCUUGCCCUCUCACAUGCUCUCUUGCCCUCUCACAUGCUCUCUUGCCCUCUCACAUGCUCUCUUGCCCUCUCACAUGCUCUCUUGCCCUCUCACAUGCUCUCUUGCCCUCUCACAUGCUCUCUUGCCCUCUCACAUGCUCUCUUGCCCUCUCACAUGCUCUCUUGCCCUCUCACAUGCUCUCUUACCCUCUCACAUGCUCUCUUGCCCUCUCACAUGCUCUCUUACCCUCUCACGUGCUCACUUGCCCUCUCACAUGCUCGCCACCAUGUUCGUCAGCGCCGUCUCCCAUGUGCGUUCCUCCUUACCUCCUCCCUUCCAUGUGCAUUCUCUUCCUUACCCCCUCCCAUAUGCACUCUUCCUUAUUGCAUCCCAUGCUUCUCUCUCCCAUGUGCGUUGCCCCUAG